AUAGAGGGAAGAGAAGAGGCUGGUGAGCAUGUCAGUUACGCUACACACUACCCACGGCGACCUCAAGGUCGAGAUAUUUUGUGAAGCUGUGCCAAAGACCGCAGAGAACUUUCUUGCUCUUUGCGCCUCCGGAGCGUACAAUGAAACCCCAUUCCACCGUCUCAUGCCCUCAUUCAUGAUCCAAGGAGGCGACAUCUCCCUCUCUGCAGCGAACAAGGCCUCCUCGUCGUCUCCCUUACCGUUUGACAUUCCAAAGGGAGGAGCUUCCAUAUACCACCCAGCUCCGCUAGAGCAGGAGAUUCACCUUCCCACUCUCCGCCACAAUGCAAGAGGGAUACUCAGCAUGGCAGGGAAACCGGUUAAGAACCAGGGUGGUGCCGGAGGUGCAGUGCCUCAGGAUAUAAAUGGCAGUCAAUUUUUCAUUACCUUUGCGGCCGCCCCUCACUUGGAUGGGAAGAGUACCGUGUUUGGUAAAGUGCUAGAUCCAGGUAGGACCGGCGAAGAGGGCGAGCAGGUCGACACGCUUACCCGUCUUGAAAAGGCCCAUGUGAAGAUAGACAAGAAAGGAAGAGUUGUGCAGCCGGAGUCGAUCAAGGACAAGUCUGAGAGCGAUAAUACUCAAGCAUGGGAGAAGAUAGGUAUCGAUAGAGUCACUAUCCAUGCAAAUCCCUUUGCUCGCUGAUAGGACUUGGACAUUAUCCAAUGCAAAUAAACAAAUAUGCAAGGAUACAUUUGUCCUCUCGCGCGCUCUCAUUAAAUACUACCUAGGCCAUCUUGGUGGUUACUUAAGGAGCGUCACCAGGGAUCAAUUCGUUGACAUCUUCAAAGGCGGAGCAACUGCGGAGACCACGACCUCGACUCAUGGCAAUACAUUCAAACUCUAACAUAGAGAAUUAUUUCUAUCAAAGGCCUCCUGCUGGCAGAUUUGACACCCUAUUACUUGAAGGAAUGUUCACGGGCUGAUUUGACUCAAAUGAGAUUUUCUGCACCGGUCGACUGCAUUAUACCUCUAGUGU